GGGCGCCCCGCGGCCGCGGCCGUGCCAGGUUUCUGCGCACAGGCACCGCGGUGGGAGGGCCGCGCCGCGCCUCUUCCACCUGCCCGCGGCUUUAAAGUUGCAGCCGGGCGGGACACGGGAUGACUCGGGUCGCGCUGUGCCGCCCGCAGCUGUUGGGGCGCGUCGCGGUCUCGUACACGAAGCGGGGCCGUUUUUCUCCAUCGCCCCCGCCCGGCCGCUGUUGCCUUUCCCCGGCGGCCGGGGAGCGGGCAGGAAGGGCCGGUGCCCCCGGGAGAUGCCCAUGCCCGCCGCGGGCUCCCCGCGCGGCGCAUCCGCCGUCCCCGGCGCUGCCGCGGUUCUCCGCGCCUUCGCGCCCCGGCAGCGGCCGGGCGGGCGCGGGUAGUGCCGCCGCUGCCGCCUCGGGCCCCUGCAGGGCGAGCCAUGGAUCCCGGCGCCCCGCCUGACCUCCGCGACGUCGAGCAGAAGCUGGGGCGCAAAGUGCCCGAGAGCCUGGCGCGGCCCCUGCGCGGGGAGGAGCUCCCUGCCCGCCCCGCCGCCGCGGCCCUCGGGCCCCGCCGCCGCCGCGCUGCCGCCCUGGCCCGUCUGGAGACAAAACUUCAGCUCCUGAGGCAGGAGAUGGUUAAUCUCCGAGCCACUGAUGUGAAGCUUAUGCGCCAGCUCCUACUUAUCAAUGAAAGUAUUGAAUCAAUCAAGUGGAUGAUUGAAGAGAAAGCCAUUGCCAGCAGAGGCAGCAGUUUGAGUGGAAGCCUGUGCAGCUUGCUAGAAAGUCAGGAGACAUCCCUCCAUGGCAGCUGUAACAGUUUACAAGACUGUAGUGAUGGACUGGAUGGAAUAUCAGUGGGGAGUUAUUUGGACACCUUAGUGGAUGAUGUCCCUGGUCACCAAACCCCUUCAGAUAUGGACAAAUUCAGUGAUUCUUCUGUCACGGAGGACUCACAGUCUCUGCAUAAGCAUCCCAAAAUUGAUUCUGAUGAGUACUACUGUUUUGGUUAAUAAGAAUGAGUUCCAGUGGAACACAAAUGCACUUGUACUUACCCUUUUUCUCUGCUGCUAUUUUAUUUCAUGUGCAAAACCCCCAAAGUCCUCUUGGAAGGAGAAUAUAAUACUUCUAUUCUAUUGCAUAACUUUUCUACUGCUUCUAAUGCAUUUACUCCUUGAUGUGUUGGCCUUGUCUCAUCCUCCUCCUCCUCACAUUUUCUUAAUUUAUUGUCACAAUUUUUUUGUUUUAAUUUUUCCAAUGCUGUAUUUACAAGUCUGUAAAAGUGGUCAAGGAAAAGCUUUAUCUUUAAAAUGAAACAUCAGAGAAUAAGUAACAAUUUUGUAUUUGUUGUUAAUAAAACAUCUUCUAAUAAAUAUAUGUUGUCAUACAUUUUCUUGACUACCACGUCUGGCCUUUCCAAAGACACUGUUUUUAAUGAGCCUUAAAUCUGAAUCUUGAAAAUACCUCUACAAAAUAAUUUUCCUUUUCUAAGCAGAGAAAUUUGAUUCUGUAAAGCUGUCUUCAUUUGAAAUAUAAAGUAUUCUAAACUUUUC